CUUCUUUCAGGUAGCAAGUCACGCUUUACGGCAUAGACCUCGCUUCCACAUGGCCACUUUUUAGUAUCGCGUAUACAGUAUCUGGAGAUUUCCUUUAAAAAAAAAAAAAAAAAACUCCUUUUAUUAACACAUUUGUGCUAUCAGCGGGGGCUGAAACAUGGGCAAAAGUAAGACAACAAAGUUUAAACGUCCUCAGUUCAACGCCGUGGGACUGCCGGUGAACGCCGUGAAGGAAGCGGCCGAAGAGGAGGAAGAGCACGGCGGGGACGACGACGACUGUCCGGCUGCGGAACUUUUGGAGAAAUUGGAGAGUCCCAGUGCGGACGUACGUGAGUUGGCGUGCGCCAGCAUCUCCAGGGUGGUGCAGCAGUGUCAGACCAUCCCGGGCCUCCUCCAGAGGGACGCCGUGAGGCGACUGGGCCCCAUGUUGCUGGACGGCAGCCUGGCCGUGAGAGAGACCGCUGCCGGAGCUUUAAGGAAUCUGAGCGCGUGCGGCGGUCAGGAGGUGUGCGAGGACAUGGUGAAGCGCGACGUCAUGACUCCUCUGACAGCUCUGCUUAGAGAGUGCUGUGCAGGUUUUGACGGUGCCAUGGUGCCAAUGAAAGAGCAGAAGAACCCCCUGGAUAGCGUUGCCAAUGAGGCUGUAAACCUGCUGUGGAAUCUCUGCGAGAGCAGCAACCAGGCGCUGUCUUUGUUCAACAAGUCGGGUCUCCUGGACGUGGUGGUCCAGUGUCUGGAGAGACACCCGCACAAUGUGGAGCUGGCCACAUCUGCAGCCCAUUGUUUACACACUGUGACAGAGGACAACCCCGAGCUUCUAUGUAGCAUCAACUGUGCUGUGCACGGAGCCCUGGACAGCGUGCUCUUGUCAAAUCAGUCCAGCUUGGCACACACCCUCCUCAAGACGUUGGCGUCAGGAACGCUGUGGAACGUGAAGGGAAGCCUUCCUACCGCCCGCCAGGCUCAGACCCUCUCUGCCGUGCUCGCCACCCUGGCCCAGUGCCUAGAUCUGGACGCAGGAGAACUCAUCCCUCAACUUCGACAAGCGCAAGAGGUACGCUUCAGCUCGUCGGGUAUGGAAGAGCAAGCGAAAGGAGAGCAAGCUGCCGUGGAUGAGAUGGAUGACGGCGAGGAUGGAGCGCAAGAUCUAAAAAACGAAAAAGAUGAAGACGACUAUUCCGAUCUCUUGCCUAGGGAGAAGGAGGAACUGCGGGAGGCGGCGGCCUUGCUGACAGCCCAGCAGACGUCUCUGGAGAUCAUCGUCAACAUGUGCUGUUCUGACGAUCCGUCUGACGACGAGUGGGAGGAGUCGUCGAGCAGCGACGAAAGCGAAACGGCUGCAGAUGAAUUCUCCAAUCCCAUGUCUCCACUGUGUUUGUCGGCUGAGGUUCACGGGGCCCUUAUCAACCACAACAUCCCCCAAAAGGUGCUGAAAAAGACACAGUUCCCAGCGCGGGGCGCCAUGGAUGUGUGUCGACAGACUCCCUACUGGGGAAGUCUAGUAAAGAAGAUGCAGCGGGUUCAGUCGCGGGCUCUGACGUGUCUCCACAGCAUCCUGUCCAGCAUGGACGCCGACUCCCUGGGAGGAGCGGCGGCCCUGCAGGAGGCGGCGCAGCACCUGUCCUCGCUGGUCUUUGGAGCAGCAGAGAUCCCUAAAGAUGAGGAGUUCCUGGAGUCCGUCAUCAGUGCAAUGCGCUCCCUUCUGCAGAUGACUGCUUCCAAAAACAUCCCUCAGGUCAUAAGCCUGCAGCAGCUGAUGAGUCUCAGCGAAGCCGCCGCCUGCUCUGAUAUCAUCAGCGUACGGGUCAACGCUGUCGCCAUCUUGGGCAUCACCGGCAGCACGCUGGCCAAAGAGAAAGGCUCGGCUGAAAACCUUCAGAUGAUCGGUAACGGUCUGCUCCAAGUCGCCACCAAGGACGCCGAGCUGGUGGUCAACGGUGAGGCCCUGGAUGCCCUUUUUGACGUGUUCGCGGACGGAGACGAAGCGGAGACGGCGGCGAAGAACAUCCAGCUACUUCCUGCUUUGAGGACGCUUCAGCCUGUCUUUAAAGCCAAGCUUCGUAAAGCGGGAAGAGACGCCUACAGCCCUCAGCAGCUGUGCGUGCUGAACAACGUCAAAGUCAACCUAAGAAGAUUUGUGGGCUACUUGGAGACUGUGGUGAAGAAAUGAAAGAGUACACACACAUUAUUUAUUAUCAUGUUGGGAGCCAACAUAUGUUUGUGUUUGGUUUUCUUGCUUUAUAUUGUACAUGGAGAUGUUUGCUGUGAAGAAAGUGGAUUUGAUCCUCUUUUAGCAACAAGAGCAUGCCCAAGUUGGAAGAUGCAGAAGUGAAACUUAGGCUUGCAUUUUGUGAGAUGACCAUCAGAGGGCUAAACACUUUUAUUUAGAGAGCACAAUUUGUGCUAAAAGUCCUUGUUGGGCCGGCUUCCUCUUUUAUAAAGUCUUGAUCAUGACAUGCAAAUCAGAAAUACACAAAUUUAUGUGUAUUACUGCAUAGUUUUAAUACAAUUGGCCGAGUGUUCAUGUUGGGCAAACAUGGAUCUUUGUAUGAUACAAUAGCUUGUUUUAGGAAUAAUUAAGUUGUUGGAUAUGCCUGCAGUUGAAUCAUUCUGUUUGGAAAAAUGGGAUGUAUAAACUUUAUUAACUGACUGAAAUUUGUGUUGCUCACUGAAGAGACAUAAGUCAGCCUAUGUAUUUUCUGCUACAACACAGCAGAGCUAAAUCUUGUUCAUUAAAAUGUUGUCCAAUAACCUGCUUUUUCCUCCCCAAUUAUUUGUAAUAAAAUGUCUUAAAAUCGUG